CCGCGCUCGUUUUCGCGGCGGCGGCCCUCCCUCGCCUUUGGAAGCCGGGAGAAAGCAGAGCGGCUGAGCCCCGCCGGAUGUACAGUUGAGCCCCGCCGCCAGCAGCCCCCGAUCCGCGCUUGCCUGCCGCGCCCAGCCCUCUCCCUCUUCGGGGUAAAAUAACGAGGUCACCAAAAUGCCAGCGGAUACGAUGGAGAAACCGACCGCCUCGCCGAUCGCCGGAGCCCCGGCCAGUUCCAGCCAGACCCCCGAUAAACCCAAGAGCGCCAGCGAGCACAGAAAGUCCUCCAAACCAAUCAUGGAGAAGCGACGGCGGGCCAGGAUUAACGAAAGCCUGGGCCAGCUCAAGACUCUCAUCCUGGAUGCGCUGAAGAAAGAUAGCUCCAGGCACUCAAAGCUAGAGAAAGCAGAUAUCUUGGAAAUGACAGUAAAACACCUGAGAAAUCUCCAGAGAGCCCAGAUGACAGCUGCUCUGAGUGCUGAUCCUAGUGUCUUGGGCAAGUACCGGGCUGGAUUUAACGAGUGUAUGAACGAAGUCACCCGUUUCCUCUCCACCUGCGAAGGGGUGAACACAGACGUCCGCAGCCGGCUCCUGGGCCACCUUUCCACUUGUCUGGGUCAGAUUGUGGCCAUGAAUUAUCCACCACCACCUCCCCCUCAGGCCACGAGCGGACAGCCUGCGCACUUGGCACAACCCUUGCAUAUCCAGUUGCCAGGCCCAGCAGCUGCAGCUGGAGUAAUGCCCGGGCCGUGCAAACUUAACCCCAGUGAAACUUUGUCCCCAAAGGUCUACGGGGGGUUCCAGCUGGUACCAGCGACUGACGGCCAGUUUGCUUUCCUCAUCCCUAACCCAUCUUUUCCACCUGGCGCUGGACCAGUGGUCCCACUCUAUGCCAACACAAACAUGCCUGUUUCCUGCAAUAGUUCAACAGCAACUCCUUCUGUAUCGCCAGUGCAAGGGCUUACAUCUUUUGGGGGAAGUUUAGCACCCGUUUCUCAAGCUGGAGGAGAACGUCAUGAAACCGUCUGGAGACCGUGGUGACUCUUCCCUUGUUCUGCCCCUCCUUUGCUCUCCCCACAAAAAAAUCCUGAGUAUUUUCAAAAUUGGUUCCGUUGUAUGGAACCCGGACCUCUCGUUUAUUUUGUUGGCUGAAUUCCCCCACCUCCCCAAAAAACUCAUAUUUAUUCAUUUCCAAAGGUCGGGAUGCCAAUUUGUAUUUUUAACCCUUUUUUUAAACGUUAUGUGAAAUAUUUCUUUUUUAAAAAAAGAAAAUCUUAGUUUUGUAUCAAAUAUUUGCCACGUACUAUGCCAAAGCUUGUUUAUGUAUGUCUGAGACUUUGUUUUUAAAGAAUGUUGGAAGAUGUUUGUACAAAUAAA